AUGGCGCAAAGUUGUAAACGCGAUGACGUCCGUGUAUGUCGAGUUUUGAUACGGCCUGACGAUGAUAAACUCUCUCCGGGAAGAUAUUGGACAAGACAAGAGAAGCGCCAAUGGGGGUGUGGGUUAUUCUGUGGAGGUGCCAUGUUAUAUGCGUGCCGCACAGUCAUGCCAUUGUGUGUGGUCUCACUGGCCAAAGAAUUACAUUGGGAUAAAACAGAAUCGGGCACUGUUUUAUCUUCGUUCUUUUGGGGUUAUACUAUGACUCAGUUCAUUGGUGGUUACCUGAGUGAUCGCAUUGGGGGAGAUGUCGUUCUUCCUAUUGCUGCUGCAUUUUGGUCACUCAUUACGUUUUGGACACCUCAGCUUAUUUAUAUAAGCAAAGACAAACAAGUCACACUCAAUAUUUUAGUUUUAUCCCGGGUUUUACUGGGAAUAUUUCAAGGUUUUCAUUUUCCUAGUUUUACAAGUAUCAUAUCAAGGAAAGUGAUUGAGCAAGAACGAUCCUUAACAUAUAGUUUUGUAUCUUCUGGCUCAUUUCUUGGCACCCUGUUCACUGGGAGUAUAGGCUCUUUGCUGUUAGAUAACUAUGGAUGGCACAGUGCAUUCUAUUUUACAGGAAUAUGUGGAAUAAUAUGGCUACUACUUUUACGCUAUUGUCUAAUUUCGAAACAUCGAGAAAAAUAUGUGGUGGUGUCUUUGGCAGAUAAUGUUGUGGCACCAGGGAAGACAGUUCCAAAAGAUACAUCUUCAGUACCUUGGUUAACUUUAUUUACUAAGUGUGCAUUUUGGUCUCUCAUAGUUGGCCAUUUUUGUGAAAACAAUGCAUUUUUUGUGCUUCUGUCUUGGAUGCCAACAUAUUUUCAUGAAAGUUUCCCAUCUGCAAAGGGCUGGGUAUUCAAUGUUGUCCCCUGGGUGGUAACAAUACCGAGUUCUAUUUUCAGUGGUUGGCUAGCAGAUAUUAUGAUAUGCAAAGGUUAUACAGUUACAUUUGUAAGAAAAUUUAUGGAAACAAUAGCUUUAUGUGGUAGUGCAUUAUUUCUCAUGCUGAUUAGUUAUACAUCCAGUUAUGAAGCAUCCCUAUUUUGCCUGGCUUGUGCUGUGGCUUGCUGUGGUUUCCAUGGCAGUGGCAUUCUCAUAAACCCACAGGACAUUGCACCGAAACAUGCAGGAUCAGUAUUUGGCAUUAUGAACAUGGCUGGUGCUAUACCAGGCUUUGUUGGAGUGUACAUUGCAGGACAUAUAUUAGAGGCCACCAAGAGCUGGGGAGCAGUAUUCAGUCAAACGGCCGUAGUGUGUAUUGUUGGCUGGAUUGUCUAUGUCAUUUUUGGAACUGGCCAAGCAAUUAUCUGA